UCCAAUCAAUCGUGGACAAUUAACGAAUCUCAACUACUAAAAGUUUUGAUUUCUAUUCAAUUAUAGCAAGUUGUAUUACUACUCCAUACUAUCAAUAGGGGUUUUAGUAAAACCUUCAAAUUUUGAGAUAUAAACCCAGUUUCCUCAUUUCCACCCCAAAUUACAAUAUCACCUCCAAAUCUCUUCGCACAAAAAGGAACGAAAUGGCUAUCGCCGCCGCCAGAUCCGUUUUCCGGUCGUCGGCCGUCCGCAGCGCCGCCACUAGGCUGGCGUCCCAAGCAAAGUCCGCUCCCUCCCCUUCGCCGUUCCGCCUCCCCUCCAGAACUCCCCUGCUAGCUCAUCGCAUCUUCCGGUCUCCUGCUGAAUUGAGUGCGUGUGUGGAGUCGAUGCAGCCGUUCCACACAGCCACCGCCUCGGCGUUGAUGACAUCGAUGCUCACCGUCUCUCGAUUCGGUUACGGUUGGCUCGCUGAAGGCCUUGACAAGACUAGAUGAAGAUGGCAAGGCAAAUAGGGAUUACUUGGAUUCUUUUUCCUUAGAACAUACCUACAAGAAGACAAUGCUUAAGUUCUUAGACAUGUCUGGCUGCUGUUACAUGAAUAAAGACUCAUAUUUUCCAGUUGUUAAGAAUUUAUGGAACUCUCAUUUGUAGAUUUCUACUAUACAUCGUAUCUGUUCACCACUCACCCUUUUCAUUCUCAAAUGCCCAUGUCUCAGAUUCCUUAAUCAAAUUGCGCAUUACCUAACUAUGUUAAUUGGGUUUAUGUGUUUGCUUUCGCGUAUUCUUCCAUCAUCUUCUUUAUUUCUCAAUAAUAUUACGUCUCUUAACUGUAUUAGUAUAGUACAUGUGAUUAAUGCAGUUUAGACCUCCUUAGAGCAAUGCCAUCUGCG